UUCGUCCCAAAUAAAAGGAAUGAAGUCUGGCUCUGGAGAAGGGUCCCCGACCUCGCUGUGGGGGCUCCUGUUUCUCUCCGCCGCGCUCUCGCUCUGGCCGACGAGUGGAGAAAUCUGUGGGCCGGGCAUCGACAUCCGCAACGACUAUCAGCAGCUGAAGCGCCUGGAGAACUGCACGGUGAUCGAGGGCUACCUCCACAUCCUGCUCAUCUCCAAGGCCGAGGACUACCGCAGCUACCGCUUCCCCAAGCUCACGGUCAUCACCGAGUACUUGCUGUUGUUCCGAGUGGCUGGCCUAGAGAGCCUCGGAGACCUGUUCCCCAACCUCACGGUAAUCCGCGGCUGGAAACUCUUCUACAACUACGCCCUGGUCAUCUUUGAGAUGACCAAUCUCAAGGAUAUUGGGCUUUACAACCUGAGGAACAUUACUCGGGGGGCCAUCAGGAUUGAGAAAAAUGCUGACCUCUGUUACCUCUCCACUGUGGACUGGUCCCUGAUCCUGGAUGCAGUGUCCAAUAACUACAUUGUGGGGAAUAAGCCCCCAAAGGAAUGCGGGGACCUGUGUCCGGGGACCAUGGAGGAGAAGCCGAUGUGCGAGAAGACCACCAUCAACAAUGAGUACAACUACCGCUGCUGGACCACAAACCGCUGCCAGAAAAUGUGCCCGAGUGCCUGUGGGAAGAGGGCAUGCACCGAGAACAACGAGUGCUGCCACCCCGAGUGCCUGGGCAGCUGCAGCGCGCCUGACAACGACACGGCCUGUGUAGCUUGCCGCCACUACUACUACGCCGGUGUCUGCGUGCCUGCCUGCCCGCCCAACACCUACAGGUUUGAGGGCUGGCGCUGUGUGGACCGUGACUUCUGCGCCAACAUCCUCAGCGCCGAGAGCAGCGACUCCGAGGGUUUCGUGAUCCACGACGGCGAGUGCAUGCAGGAGUGCCCCUCAGGCUUCAUCCGCAACGGCAGCCAGAGCAUGUACUGCAUCCCUUGUGAAGGUCCUUGCCCCAAGGUCUGUGAGGAAGAAAAGAAAACAAAGACCAUUGAUUCUGUUACUUCUGCUCAGAUGCUCCAAGGAUGCACCAUCUUCAAGGGCAAUUUGCUCAUUAACAUCCGACGGGGGAAUAACAUUGCUUCAGAACUGGAGAACUUCAUGGGGCUCAUCGAGGUGGUGACGGGCUACGUGAAGAUCCGCCAUUCCCAUGCCUUGGUCUCCUUGUCCUUCCUAAAAAACCUUCGCCUCAUCUUAGGAGAGGAGCAGCUAGAAGGGAAUUACUCCUUCUACGUCCUCGACAACCAGAACUUGCAGCAAUUAUGGGACUGGGACCACCGCAACCUGACCAUCAAAGCAGGGAAAAUGUACUUUGCUUUCAAUCCCAAAUUGUGUGUUUCGGAAAUUUACCGCAUGGAGGAAGUGACGGGGACUAAAGGGCGCCAAAGCAAAGGGGACAUAAACACCAGGAACAACGGGGAGAGAGCCUCCUGUGAAAGUGACGUCCUGCAUUUCACCUCCACCACCACGUGGAAGAAUCGCAUCAUCAUAACCUGGCACCGGUACCGGCCCCCUGACUACAGGGAUCUCAUCAGCUUCACCGUUUACUACAAGGAAGCACCUUUUAAGAAUGUCACGGAGUAUGAUGGGCAGGAUGCCUGCGGCUCCAACAGCUGGAACAUGGUGGAUGUGGACCUCCCGCCCAACAAGGACGUGGAGCCCGGCAUCUUACUGCAUGGGCUGAAGCCCUGGACUCAGUACGCCGUUUACGUCAAGGCUGUGACCCUCACCAUGGUGGAGAACGACCAUAUCCGUGGGGCCAAGAGUGAGAUCUUGUACAUUCGCACCAAUGCUUCAGUUCCUUCCAUUCCCUUGGACGUUCUUUCAGCAUCGAACUCCUCUUCUCAGUUAAUCGUGAAGUGGAACCCUCCCUCUCUGCCCAACGGCAACCUGAGUUACUACAUUGUGCGCUGGCAGCGGCAGCCUCAGGACGGCUACCUUUACCGGCACAAUUACUGCUCCAAAGACAAAAUCCCCAUCAGGAAGUAUGCCGACGGCACCAUUGACAUUGAGGAGGUCACAGAGAACCCGAAGACUGAGGUGUGUGGUGGAGAGAAAGGGCCUUGCUGCGCCUGCCCCAAAACUGAAGCUGAGAAGCAGGCCGAGAAGGAGGAGGCUGAGUACCGCAAAGUCUUUGAGAAUUUCCUGCACAACUCCAUCUUUGUGCCCAGACCUGAAAGGAAGCGGAGAGAUGUCAUGCAAGUGGCCAACACCACCAUGUCCAGCCGAAGCAGGAACACCACGGUGGCAGACACCUACAACAUCACAGAUCUGGAAGAGCUAGAGACAGAGUACCCUUUCUUUGAGAGCAGAGUGGAUAAUAAGGAGAGAACUGUCAUUUCUAACCUUCGGCCUUUCACAUUGUACCGCAUUGAUAUCCACAGCUGCAACCACGAGGCUGAGAAACUGGGCUGCAGCGCCUCCAACUUUGUCUUUGCAAGGACUAUGCCUGCAGAAGGAGCAGAUGACAUUCCUGGGCCAGUGACCUGGGAGCCAAGGCCUGAAAACUCCAUCUUUUUAAAGUGGCCAGAACCUGAGAAUCCCAAUGGAUUGAUUCUAAUGUAUGAAAUAAAAUACGGAUCACAAGUUGAGGAUCAGCGAGAAUGUGUGUCCAGACAGGAAUACAGGAAGUAUGGAGGGGCCAAGCUAAACCGGCUAAACCCAGGGAACUACACAGCCCGGAUUCAGGCUACAUCUCUCUCUGGGAAUGGGUCGUGGACAGAUCCUGUGUUCUUCUAUGUCCAGGCCAAAACAGGAUACGAAAACUUCAUCCAUCUGAUCAUCGCUCUGCCCGUCGCUGUCCUGUUGAUCGUGGGAGGGUUGGUGAUCAUGCUGUACGUCUUCCAUAGAAAGAGAAAUAACAGCAGGCUGGGGAAUGGAGUGCUGUACGCGUCUGUGAACCCGGAGUACUUCAGCGCUGCGGAUGUGUACGUUCCUGAUGAGUGGGAGGUGGCUCGGGAGAAGAUCACCAUGAGCCGGGAACUUGGGCAGGGGUCGUUUGGGAUGGUCUAUGAAGGAGUUGCCAAGGGUGUGGUGAAAGACGAACCUGAAACCAGAGUGGCCAUUAAAACAGUGAACGAGGCCGCGAGCAUGCGUGAAAGGAUCGAGUUUCUCAACGAGGCUUCUGUGAUGAAGGAGUUCAAUUGUCACCAUGUGGUGCGGUUGCUGGGUGUGGUGUCCCAGGGCCAGCCAACGCUGGUCAUCAUGGAACUGAUGACGCGGGGCGAUCUCAAAAGUUAUCUCCGGUCUCUGAGGCCAGAAAUGGAGAAUAAUCCAGUCCUAGCACCUCCAAGCCUAAGCAAGAUGAUUCAGAUGGCUGGAGAGAUUGCAGACGGCAUGGCAUACCUCAACGCCAACAAGUUCGUCCACAGAGACCUUGCUGCCCGGAAUUGCAUGGUAGCCGAGGAUUUCACAGUCAAAAUUGGAGAUUUUGGGAUGACGCGAGAUAUCUAUGAGACAGACUAUUACCGGAAAGGAGGGAAAGGGCUGUUGCCCGUGCGCUGGAUGUCUCCCGAGUCCCUCAAGGAUGGAGUCUUCACCACUUACUCGGACGUCUGGUCCUUCGGGGUUGUCCUCUGGGAGAUCGCCACACUGGCCGAGCAGCCCUACCAGGGCUUGUCCAACGAGCAAGUCCUUCGCUUCGUCAUGGAGGGCGGCCUUCUGGACAAGCCAGACAACUGCCCCGACAUGCUGUUUGAAUUGAUGCGCAUGUGCUGGCAGUACAACCCCAAGAUGAGGCCUUCCUUCCUGGAGAUCAUCAGCAGCAUCAAAGACGAGAUGGAGCCUGGCUUCCGGGAGGUCUCCUUCUACUACAGUGAGGAGAACAAGCUGCCCGAGCCGGAGGAGCUGGACCUGGAGCCAGAGAACAUGGAGAGCGUCCCCCUGGACCCCUCGGCCUCCUCGUCCUCCCUGCCACUGCCCGACAGACACUCAGGACACAAGGCCGAGAACGGCCCCGGCCCUGGAGUGCUGGUGCUCCGCGCCAGCUUCGAUGAGAGACAGCCUUACGCACACAUGAACGGUGGCCGCAAGAACGAGCGGGCCUUGCCGCUGCCCCAGUCUUCGACCUGCUGAUCCUUGGAUCCUGAAUCUGUGCAAACAGUAACGUGUUUGUUCAGCGGGGUGGGGGGAGAGAGAAAGUUUUAACAAUCUAUUCACAAGCCUCCUGUACCUCAGUGGAUCUUCAGAACUGCCAUUGCUGCCCGCGGGAGACAGCUUCUCUGCAGUAAACACAUUUGGGAUGUUCCUUUUUUCAAUAUGCAAGCAGCUUUUUAUUCCCUACCCAAACCCUUAACUGACAUGGGCCUUUAAGAACCUUAAUGACAACACUUAAUAGCAACAGAGCACUUGAGAACCAGUCUCCUUACUCUGUCCCUGUCCUUCCUCAUCCUCUCUCUCUCUCCCUCCCUUUCUCUCUCUCUCACUUUUCUCUUUCUCUCUGCUUCAUAAUGGAAAAAUAAUUGCCGUAAGUCCAGCUGGGAAGCCCUUUUUUAUCAGUUUGAGGAAGUGGCUGUCCCUGUGGCCCCAUCCAACCCCUGUACACACCCACCCGACACCGUAGGUCAUUACAAAAACAACACGUGGAGAUGGAAAUUUUUACCUUUAUCUUUCACCUUUCUAGGGACAUGAAAUUUACAAAGGGCCAUUGUUCAUCCAAGGCUGUUACCAUUUUAACGCUGCCUAAUUUUGCCAAAAUCCUGAACUUUCUCCCUCACCGUCCUUGCGCUGAUUCCUUGUGUCCGGAGGCAUGGGUGAGCGUGGCAUCUGGUUGCUCCGUUUUGAGAGACACGCUGGCGACACGCUCCGUCCGUCUGACUGCCCCUGCUGUGCUUCUCAAGGCCACGUGCACACAGGUCUCAUUGCUUCUGACUAGGUUAUUAUUUGGGGGAACUGGACACAAUGGGACUCUCUCUCAGUGAAGGUGGGGAGAAGCUAAACUGGCUUUCCUGCCCUGCCUCCCCACCCCCGCCCAACCCCCAAGAAUCUGGUGGCCAUAGGCCCUGAAGCAGCCUGGUGGACAGGCUUUGAGUCAAGGGGCCCCAUGCCUGCUUCUCUCCCAGCCCCAGCUCCCCCGCCCACCCCCAAGGACACAGAUGGGA